AUGAGUAUAAAAAUCAAAAUGUUUAAUUGUGUGAUACAUUUAGAACUCUAUGUGCCUGCAGAAGGAGCUGUGAGACCUGUGAUUUCCCUCCAACCAAACUGGAGCCCUGUAUUGUAUGGUGAUACAGUAACCCUGAGCUGUAAUGUGGCUCCUACUGCCCAAGGGAACCUGGGAUAUUCCUGGUACAGGGAUGGAUACCAAAUUUCUGGGGAUCAGCAGAGCCUUGUCAUUCAGUCUGCCAGAGAGACAGACAGUGGGGAUUACCAGUGCCAGGCCGGUGCCAGUGAGAGAAGUGACGAAUUUAAAAUGGAUAUAAGAACAGGCUGGCUCGUUCUGCAGGCGCCCCCUGCUGUUCAUGAAGGGGACUCCCUGUCUCUCAGGUGCCACAGUGACAAUGAUGGGAGAAACAUUACUUUUUACAAGGACAAUAAGGCCAUUCAGUUGGCAGUCACUGGUUCUGCCUUGCAGAUUGGAAUAGUGAAUGUUAAGGCGUCUGGAAUAUACAGAUGUGAAAAACAAAUCUAUUCACAUUAUGGGUAUCGUAUGGUUACAGCUACAGAAACAGUUGCAGUCUCAGAGCUGUUUAGUUCCCCACAAACAAAAGUGAGCUCAGAUCAGGUGACAGAAGGAGAUCACAUGACCAUAACAUGUGACACAGAGCUCCGCCCACACAGAGAGACUACAGAGCUGCAGUUUGCUUUCUACAGAAAUGGGCACAAUGUGCAGGGAUUCAGUUUAUCCAACCAAUAUGGAGUCCCCUCAGCUCAGCUGGAGGAUUCUGGGAAUUAUACCUGUGAGGCACAGACUCCAACCGGCAGUGUGAGGAAGAGGAGCAACAUGGUGCAUAUCCACAUACAGGAGUUCUUCUCUUACCCACAAAUAAAAGUGAGGCCAGAUCAGGUGACAGAAGGAGAUCACAUGACCAUAACAUGUGACACAGAGCUCAGCCCACACAGAGAGACUACAGAGCUGCAGUUUGCUUUCUACAGAAAUGGGCACAAUGUGCAGGGAUUCAGUUUAUCCAACCAAUAUGGAGUCCCCUCAGCUCAGCUGGAGGAUUCUGGGAAAUAUACCUGUGAGGUACAAACUCCAACCGGCAGUGUGAGGAAGAGGAGCAGAGAGGCACAAAUUUACAUAGGAGAGCUGUUCACUGUCUCACAACUAAAUGUGAGCCCAGAUCAGGUGACAGAAGGAGAUCACGUGACCAUAACAUGUGACACAGAGCUCCGCCCACACAGAGAGACUACAGAGCUGCAGUUUGCUUUCUACAGAAAUGGGCACAAUGUGCAGGGAUUCAGUUUAUCCAACCAAUAUGGAGUCCCCUCAGCUCAGCUGGAGGAUUCUGGGAAUUAUACCUGUGAGGUACAGACUCCAACCGGCAGUGUGAGGAAGAGGAGCAACAUGGCGCAUAUCCACAUACAGGGAGCUGCUGUGAGACCUGUGGUUUCCUUCUCCCCAAACUGGACCCCAAUAUUCCCAGGAGAGUCUGUAACUCUGAGCUGUAAUGUGGCUCCUACUGCCCAAGGGAACCUGAGAUAUUCCUGGUACAGGGAUGGACAGCGGAUACCUGGGGAUCAGCAGACACUUGUCAUUCAGGCUGCCAGAGAGACGGACAGUGGGGAUUACCAGUGCCAGGCCGGUGCCAGUGAGAGAAGUGACCCUGUUACAUUGGAUAUUAAGUCUGAUCUGCUCAUCCUGCAGGCGCCCCCUGCUGUUCAUGAAGGGGACUCCCUGUCUCUCAGGUGCCACAGUCGGCCUGGAUAUGAUACAAGGAACACAGUAUUUUACAUGGGUGAUAAGAUCAUUCAGACCCCAGACACUGUGUUACAGAUAGGAAAAGUUAAUGCUACUGCAUCUGGCACAUACGGAUGUAUGAAAGAUAUAUAUUAUAAUUCUGAGUUUCAGACAACUCAUGCGGAACUUGUCAUCAGAGUCGCAGAGCUGUUCACUGUCCCACAAAUCCAAGUGAGGCCAAAUCAGGUGACAGAAGGAGAUCACAUGACCAUAACCUGUGACACAAAGCUCAGCCCACACAGAGAGACUACAGAGCUGCAGUUUGCUUUCUACAGAAAUGGGCACAAUGUGCAGGGAUUCAGUUUAUCCAACCAAUAUGGAGUCCCCUCAGCUCAGCUGGAGGAUUCUGGGAAUUAUACCUGUGAGGUACAAACUCCAACCGGCAGUGUGAGGAAGAGGAGCAGCAUGGCACAUAUCCACAUACAGGAGCUCUUCACUUACCCACAAAUCCAAGUGAGGCCAAAUCAGGUGACAGAAGGAGAUCACAUGACCAUAACAUGUGACACAGAGCUCAGCCCACACAGAGAGACUACAGAGCUGCAGUUUGCUUUCUACAAAAAUGGGCACAAUGUGCAGGGAUUCAGUUUAUCCAACCAAUAUGGAGUCCCCUCAGCUCAGCUGGAGGAUUCUGGGAAUUAUACCUGUGAGGUACAGACUCCAACCGGCAGUGUGAGGAAGAGGAGUAACAUGGUGCAUAUCCACAUACAGGGUUUGAUCAAGUCCCAUGGAAAGCUUCCAAAGCCAGACAUGGAAGGCAUCAAAGCCAGAAAGAUUUUCGUGGCUUAA